ACAGUCCGGGUAGGCUAUGCUUUCGGUUGGGCUCCUGUGUGUUUCUGGGUUUAGUAUGAAAGUCAGGCUAAGAGAAGAGAUGCUGCUGUUAAAUCUUCAGCACAGUUUAUUCAUAUUCACCACUUUUUGCUCACUCCUCAUGUGUGGGUGUGCUGAGGAGUGCAGCAGCAGCAUGUACCCUCCCAAAGGCCCAACGUUUAAAGGUAAUGUAACCUGGUACACUGUAAACCUGGAUUUACCCCCCAGUGAGAGGUGGACUCAUGUGAUUAAGGAGAAGAAAGCUGAACUGGUUACGAUGAUACAGGCAAUAAAAAGGUUUGCAGGUAACUUUUUCCAUGGAAAAUUGAUUGAUGUAGUGGAUAAGGAGCUGCCGUUGAUUGUGGACACACUCCCUCCCCCGUUCAGUCAGGAAAUUAAAGGAAUCGCUGCUGUCUCUGGUAUUCCUUUAGGAGAGGUUGUGCUGUAUAAUAUCUUCUAUGAAGUUUUCACCGUGUGCACAUCAGUAGUCGCGGAGGAUCUAAAAGGCAAUUUAUACCAUGCUCGGAAUAUGGACUUUGGAUUGUUCAUGGGGUGGGAUAUCAAAAAUCAAACUUGGACCCUGACGGAAAAGCUUAAACCGCUGGUGGUGAACGUAGACUUUCAGCGGAAGAGCAGAACAGUGUUUAAGUCGACCGGUUUUGCAGGAUAUGUGGGCGUUCUCACUGGAAUUAGACCUAAAGAGUUCACACUGACGAUGAACGAGCGCUUCGAUGUUGAUGGAGGAUACAUAGGCAUCCUGGAAUGGAUUCUUGGUAAGAGGGAUGGAAUGUGGAUGAGCUUCCUCACUCGCAGAGUUCUGGAAAAUGCAACCAGUUAUAAAGAUGCUCAGACCCAGCUUGCCCUGACCAAACUGCUGGCCCCUGCCUACUUCAUCUUAGGUGGAAACCAGACAAAUCAGGGUUGUGUGAUAACUAGAACCAGGAUCAACACACUGGACAUCUGGGAGAUUGAUUUGAGGCUUAACAGGUGGUAUGUGCUUGAAACGAACUAUGAUCACUGGGAACAGCCGUUCUUCCUGGACGAUCGGCGAACUCCAGCUAUGAAGUGUAUGAAUAAAACCACACGAGCGAAUAUCAGCUUGCAGACGAUAUAUGAUGUUCUUUCAACCAAACCAGUUCUAAACAAGCUGACCACCUAUACAUCACUAAUGGAAGUUUCAACUGGUAAACUGGAGUCGUAUAUCAGGGCCUGUCCGAAUCCCUGUACCCCCUGGUGAUUCAGACCCCACAACCAAAUACACGGCACUGCUGGAGGUGAAAAGCUGCUGCAUCACGUUUAAACUGUUCUAAUGCAAAUUUCAUAAACUGUAAACUCUACCUCUAACAUAAAAUGUCACUGUGGUUAAUAUUAUUAAUAUUACUGUUAUUGUUGCUUUAAUAUUGUCAAUAUUUCUCACAUAUCUGCUGGAACUGUUGUAAAGUGUAAAUAUUAUGUAUGUUAUGGAUGACUGGCAUGAUCCCUGACUGUAUUUUGUAAUUAUAUUAAUAAACAUUUUUUUAAUUA